AUGCCAUCAGUUUCUCUGUCGGUGCCCAACUCGUCCGAACUUUCAUCAUUGGAUUCGGUAUCUUCCAAUAUUGAAAAUACCCGAGAUAUAACGGGAAAAUCAAACUACGAAAGUCCUUACACCGCAGGACAUAAUGACAAUGCCGAUAACAUAGAUACCGUUGACAGCGCUGACCAAAGUCAUGAUACAAAUAUCUUAUGCUCUAGAAGACCGUCAACAAGAGUCACGUUGAUUCAGAAGGUCACUACCAUCAAACUCGAUGACUCUAAAAUAGUUCCUAAAGAUAAGAGACGAGGUCUUUUUGCUCGGCUCUGUUUGUUGCCUGAGUAUCAAGAUGCGAGAGAGCUUCCAGGCAAGCUACGGCACUUUUUUGUAUUUAUCAUUGCUUUUGUAGCCAUGGUAGGUCCCAUGGGAACGUCUAUAUUGUUUCCGGCCACAGAUGACGCAGUCGAAGACUUGAAUACCACUGUUUCCAUAUUCAACGUCGCUGUGGGUAUCUAUUUAGUGACUCUAGGCAUUAUACCCAUGUGGUGGUCUAAUUUUAGUGAACGACACGGCAGAAGAUCCAUUUACAUCAUUAGCUUCCUUCUUUACAUCUGCUUUACUAUCGGUUGUGCUCUUUCUAUCACGAUCAACCAACUUAUCGCUUUUCGUGUCUUGUCUGGUGGCUGCGCGGCCAGUGUUCAGGCUGUGGGUGCUGGUACAAUCUCUGAUAUGUAUCCCAUCACGGAGAGGGGUAUGGCUAUGGGCAUUUUUUACUUAGGACCUUUGGCAGGCCCUUUGCUUGCCCCCAUAUUUGGAGGUGCCAUUACCAGCAAUAAGAAUUUUGGAUGGCGUGGAACUCAAUGGUUUUUGGUCAUCCUUGCAUUCUGUGCAGUCAUUUUAGUUGUUUUCUUUCUUCCAGAGACUCUUAGAACUCAGGAUAACAAGGAAGCUAUCAGAAAAUUUCUUAGAGAGAGGAGAAGUCAGCGCCCCAAACAGGACAUCGAGUCACAGGAAAGACAUAUCUCGUCUCCAGGAGAUACGGCUAUCCCAAGCUCAGAAUGCUCUUCUGAGUCUGUCUCUUUACCCAAUAUUCACCAGCCUUUCAGAAAUAAUGAAUCACCAAGAUCUGACCUUUCAUCGCUCUCGGACAAUUCCGGGGAAUCUGAUGAAGAAGAGGUUGAAAGAUUGGAUCGAAUCGUCUCUAGAAUGUCCAGACAUCCUUCAGUAGCGGCCGCAAAAGAUGCAGAAGAAAUGCCUAUUGAUAUGGUGGUUCCUCUAAGCAGAAUUCGUACUUCCGUCUCAUUCAAUCCAAUGAAGACCGAGAACGAUAGAUUCGCAGACAAGGUGAAUAAAGCUGAUCAAAGGAAACACGAGGAUAUCGGCUUCUGGAAGAAAGCUCAGUACUAUUUCAAGAUAUAUGGGUGGGGGCCCAUGAAGGCAUUCUCAUUUAUGCGCUACCCUCCUGUCUUCUUGAGUAUCGCCUACUCGGGGCCGUGUUUUGCUGCAUUGUACGUUGUUAACUUGUCCUUGACGUACUGCUAUUCACGACCACCCUACAAUUUUGGACCCAUGUCGGUUGGUUUGGUGUAUAUCCCUAACUCAGUGGCAUACAUUGUUGCUUCUAUAUGGGGUGGUAAGUUUAAUGAUUACUUGUUAAAUAAGAAGAUAAAGAAGUACGGCAUUGUGGCACCAGAGGCUCGGUUUGGUAUCAAUGUAUUCUUUGCGGCAGCACUUCUUCCUUGCUCGCUUUUGAUUACUGGCUGGUGUCUACAAGAGAAAGAGCAGUGGGUGACACCACUAAUUGGUACUGCAUUGUUUGGAUUCGCUCAGAUGAUUGUCAUUGGUAUCACCGUCACCUACUUAACAGAUUGCUUACCUGGAAGGGGUGCCACUGGUGUCGCUUUAAAUAAUUUUAUCAGACAGUUAAUGGCUGCUGGGGUGUCAUUUGCCACGGCCCCUCUUAUCAAGGCUAUUGGCAUAGGCCCAUUGUUAUCCAUAUGCGCUGGAAUCACCGCAGUUCUUUCUGUCAUCAUGGUGCUCAUUGUUAAACGAGGAGAUCAUUGGAGAGAAACCUAUAACCUUGAGAAACUUUACGAUAUAGUGGAUAGUUAA